AUGUUGUGGCAACGGACACUCGUUGCCUCACUCAUGGCGGUUGGGGCACAGGCCGGUGGUAUUGGGGCCCUCAUCGCCGAAGGCAUGUCGCGAAGUAAUCGGGGAAUGGAACGGAGGUUAGAGGAUAUCGCCAAAGCGAACCUUCGAGCCCGGGGCUUUGUGGAAGCGAGGCAAACACCCGGUGGCACCAACACACCACUGACCGCCGAUGGGAGUAUAGACAUGGAGGCCUGGAACACAGCAGCGAACUCGGCCUGCCGGGACGCUUUGAAGGGCAUCCAAGAGGCCACCAACCCAUCCGGCACCUGCGUCUGCUACAACCUUCCGCUGCUCAACAACCAGACGGGCACGUUCGAGGCCGACCUGAGGUUAUUCCAGAUCAGCUCCCCAAGAGGAGAGUUCCAGGGGAUACCACCGGACAAGAUCGAAGUCGAGCUCAGCUACAACGGCGCUUCUGUUUCCGAAGUCAACGGCCAGCCGGUACCUCCAACCCGCCUAAAAUUGAGGCAAGCCGCCGAUACCACGACGACCAACACCAACAAUACCGGCGGCGGAGACCUGCCGCUCAUCAAAUCCUACCUGUUUGUCGGUCAGGUCGAUCAGGACCGCAUGUCAAAUGGGCCUGACAAAGGCAAACUCCAAGCCCUCGUCAUGCCCAUCGUGACGCUCAAAGCAACCAACAACGCCGGCCAACAAGUAACCACCAACGUCUCCUCCAACGAAGCCUCCUUCGUCACCGGCGAGUUCUCCAACGACGUCGACACCAGCACCUUUGGCGCCGCCCAACUCGCCGUCGACGCCGAAGUCGCCGCCCUGCUGAACGGGACCGUAGCCUUUGUGCUGCCUGGCGUGCAGCUGAUGAUUUUCCCGAUUGGGCUUAUUGUCACGGGGACGUGGUUGGUGGUGGGGGUCGCUGUUUAUGGGAUGGGCACGUUUGCGAGGUAUAAUUUUAGGGAGGCGCAUCGGAGGAGGGUGAAGACCGUGCAGAAGGGGGGGAUGGCUAGGAUUUGA